AUGAAUUGCCUCAAGCUAUUCGGUAGAAGCGUAAUAAAACUAUCGAGUAUACCGCGCCAUCCUUACAAUCUGCAGUCCAAAAGAUUCAGGAAACCGUCUCCAUGCGAUGUCUGUCUGUUCCCUCCAGAAAAGAAACCUUGCUUCGAUCUGCGUAACGUCAGCAUAGAAAUUGGAGGUAACAAGCACGGCAAGAUCAUCCACUCGUUCCUGGCGAACCAGUACUGGCCCCGGGAGCCCAGCGUUGUCGGCCUCUGGAUGUGCCACAACUCUUCGUAUCUAGACAUCCUCUCUGACAAGUAUGCACAUUCCGGCGAUCGUUUCCUCGCUUGGGAAUUUAUUCCGAGAACAGGGGAAAACAAACUGAUCGGUGUUUGCGUCGUCAACAAGGUGUUCCCCUGGGCAGCUGACGAGCUCGAGGAGUGGGCGCACUACACCGCCUCCAGGCCCGAACGGAAUCGCAUGUACUUCUGUGCCCAUUGCAUAAGGAGCCCUAACUUGUUUAAAAAGUACAACGUUAGCUAUUUGUAUGAUGUUGAAGUGCUUGGAACUGCUGCGGAAGUAUCAGGCCAGGGUGUGGGAACCAUGUUGCUUCAAAAGGUAUUGAAUCAAGCUGAAGAGCUCCGACAUCCCCUUGUCCAGGUUGUAGCAGUCAGCCAAUAUACUGCAAAAAUAUGCGAGAAGUGCGAAAUGAAAAUGGAAUGGUCUAUGGACUACUCGGAGUUCAUAGAUGACUCUGGUCAACGCGUAUUUUUCCCGCGCAGUCCUCACCAAAAAGUUUCCAUAUAUGUAAAGUACUACGACCCGAAAAUUGGCGGGAGACAACCAUGUCUGCCUCCGUUCUGA